AUUAUCCGUCGCAGAAGUCACAGACUUAUUGUAAUGGCUUCCUGCUCUCAGAAGAUCGAGAAGUGGACUUAAACUCUCGACCAUUAUUGUGUAAAUGGAAUGUCAGGAAGAUACUAUGAAGGAGCCAGCAACGCCAAUAUGUAUUCUUUCCCGAAUGAAGCUGGCAAACCAAGUCAGGUUUCUUCUCCUAAUCCGUCGCGAAGCAAGGUGAAGCGAGAAGGUUUCCAUGAAAGCUACUCGUAUCCGUUGGCACGGGAAACGCUAAAGCGAAACGCCGAAGAAGGAAACAAACGCGAGGUAAGCUUAACUGUUACCCUGGAGUUAAGUCUUAUUAUUCUACAGUUGUGUGGAAUAAACCUUGUUGCGCUUGAAUGACGCUUUGGCUUGUUCCUGGAGCGCUUUUAUAUGCUUUCACGGCUUGUGGACACUCAUUCAAGCGUGUUUACGCGGUAAUUUUUAUACCUGUCUACGCACUUGUGAGAUAAAAUUUCAUUUCCAACUAAUUUUCCACCUAUUUAUCACGAAUCCAGACAUUUUAAAUAAAAUUAAUAAAACUGCCUAUAUUUUUAAUGAAUAUAGAAAUUCCAUCUUUAUUAAUUAAAUGCAUCGAGCAUUUUUUAUUAACAAAAAUGUCCUCUUGCCUUUCGCUCUGGCGGGCGGCCGGUGAAGUGUUGACAUGUUCGAUUGUUUGAUGACGAUAAAUUUCGAUAAGUGCAUUCAUUUGUUCGUUCGAUCGACGCAUAAUAGAACUUUUAAAACACGCAUAAACUUUUAGGUAACCGACCCUGUUGCUUUCGGAUUACUUUGUAUGAAUUUGCAUAUUGUAUCCAUGUUAUAAUACUUGCUAACGGUUUUAACCUCCAUAGCGACAGAAUACCCGUCAUUGACGUUAUUGAUCAUACUUUUUUUGACGCUAAGGUUUAGUUUAUAUCUCGCAUUUAAAUGUUAAAACUUUCUAGCUAUUUCUCCAAGGGUUUGUUUUGUCUAAAUGACUCAAAGAAAACACAAGUGCAGUAUAGCUUUCCUAUAUUAAAGUACUUCCUUAAAAACUUGAAGAAAAUUAUGGCUUACAAUAAUAAAAACAAGCUAGCCGUUUGCAAAAAGGAAAAAAAAAACCGGCAAAAUGCUGUUAGAGUAACAGGAAAAUGUUGUGUUAGAAGUUGAAAGUUAGAAGAUACAGUCAGAUUUCUGUUGAUUACUUACGUCAUUGUUACAUUUGUAAUGUCUUUACAUAAUGGGCUUAGGGGUGCUGGUAUGUGAAUAAGUUGUAAAUUCACCACAGUUAAUUGGAUUUAGGGAGGUUCUUCAGCCAAACUCAGACUUCAUAUAUAAAUGCAGAAUAGUCAGGAAUACACAGGAUCAAAGCUAAAAGAACACCUUGUAACUGUCAAAACUGUGAAAUACAGUCAGCUUUCUUUUUAAAUGGACCACCAGGCCCCAGCGGGAGGAGGGGGGGUACUUCCUUAUAUAAGCUAUAUAGGUAUGCGCCGCCUCAUCAGGUUGGGUUUUUGCACCUUUUAAGUCCGAAAACUGGUAUAGGUUUUGCCCAUUUUGGUCUGGAAUCGGGUAUGCUUUUCAAGGCAACUAUGAGAGUGUAUGAACAUAUUUAUAGUUUCAAUUCCAAAUGAGUAAGAAAGAAAAAGAAAUAUGCAAAUUCUAAAUGGAUUUGAAGAAUUUUUUUGUUUUCACUCUAAUCUUAGUAAUAAUGACAUAAUUUCUGCCUUAAGGCUAGGUCCUGAAAAUGGGUAUGGAUUUUAGAGGUCUGGUCUGAAAACAGGCGUGGAAAAUGACAGUUUUUGGUCUGAAAAAGGGUCAGGAUUUGAAGAACUGGGUGGCACGGCCCUGCCAAGAAUUCCCAGGAGUACCCACCCAGGGCCACCAGGGCCAAGUUGUUAAAGCCCAGUUAGUGGUUCUUUUAAAAAACAGGUCAUAGGAUUUUUAUGGUAACUAAUCUUGGACGUGUACUAUUCCUCUUUCUAAAAACUUUGCCCAGGUUAGGGAUGAAGCUGAGGAAAAGCUAAGCAGGAUUUUUUACUCAACUGCACCUUUAAAAUGUUUUCCAGAGCAAUUUCAGCCGGUGUAAGCUAUUUUUUAGCCAGUGAAAUAAGCCGGCACCCCCCCGGCUCUUAGUGACAUCCCAGCCAGGUUUCCCCUUUAUAGAUAUUCCAUGAAAAUGGCUGAAUAAUGACAGAAAACUUAAGCUGUCUUUUUGAGAGACUGGUGUCCUUCACAUAAAGGCUUCUGGUUGCCAGCCUAAGAGCCCUUUCCAUUUGUUACAACUGGCUGGCCAGACGGGUCAAGUUGUAAAGAGAAUUCCUCUAUCAUGACUAUCCAGCCAGAUCAGUCUUUUUAGAAAAUGGUAUGCUCGACUGUGGUGGAUUUUAGAGAAAAUUUCAUGAAAAGACUAAUGUUUCAUUUUCAAAAUGACUGGUCCAGCCAGCCAGUUCUGACUUUUGGUAUUAAGCCCCUAAGAUUGAGAUGGCUAUUAAAAUACAUGUGUGUACUAAUAUUUUAACAGCUGAUCUAAGAAUGUCAGUAAGAGUUGUCCUCUGCUAUAAUUUUACUUGGCUCCCAGUGGGGGGAGGAGGAGGGUACUCCUGAUUUCAAGUGAUGGGGAUGAUUGAAUGGGGGGCAAAAAUCAAAACUUAAAAACAUCCCAAGGGGUUGCAACAAAACCCCAAAAAAUUGUGGACCAAAAAUUUAAAAAAAAAAUUUAAAAGAUCCCCUGUCUCACUCAGUUUUUGAGAUGGGAUGUUUUGUAUGGGGCUCUUUAAUUAUUAUAAAUUAUUAUGGUAAUAAUUAUUACCAUAAUUAUAAUAGCUAUUUAAUUAUUAAAGGGCUAUAACUUGAAUCUUAAUACACAAUAUCAGUAGAAAAAAGUUUGUAUCACUUUUAAAGUUACAAUUAAUUCAUACUUCAUUAUUUAUGUAACUUGGUUUAUUUCUAAGUUUUAUGAAAACUAGUUUUGACAAGGCUACAAGCAACAUAGUACCUUAAAUUGAUCACUGAACAAUGCUUUUAAUCAAUCAACGUUCUUUUGACACUGUCUUACAUUAUUCUGUCUUGUGUCCUAUUCAUGGAGUGUAGGCUUUAAAAGGGCCUCUAUUAUUUCCCAUACUACAAUAUUUUUUAUUGUUAUGCAAAGUCAUGAUAGGUUUCAGCAGUCAGUGAACCAUAAACAAGCUGCCUUACAUGAAUCACUCAACAUUCCAUGUCUGUUGUUGAACCAAAUUGUGUUUUCUAUCGGUAAUUUCUUGCUUCAGAGCGUUGUUCGUUUGAAAGUGUCACAAACCAAUGGACACAUUUUAAAAACUUUUUCACAUGAGCUUUGAUACAUGCUCAGUUAGUUCAAAUAAUAUUAUUUAUUGUGCUACGUGAGUGGCUGUGGAAAUGGUUUGAUCUAUAAGAAUAUUGAGAAGCAAAAUGUCUGACAAGGAGAAGAGUAAUUCACAGGGUGAUUAUACGGUAAAUAAUGUGAUAAUCUAUCAUUAUUGCCUCGGAUCAAUUCAUCUGAUAACUUUCAUAGAAAUGAUAAUAUAUUAUGUUCAUGCCGAAUUUUGGACUUUAUCGUUCAAGUGAAAGUUCAAGAGUAGUUCCUUAAAUUUACAUAGUUUGUUCCUGUAUUGUAUGAGGUAAUUUUUUGUGUCAGCCCUGGUUCUGGAAUGUGGGAGUUAAAAACUUUGCUGCAAUGUUCAUCUUUUAUAUUGUCUUCUUUGAUAGGAACAGUAUGUUGCUUGGGUGAACUCACAGCUAAAGAAGAGACCUGGCAGUCGGUUUGUGCGUGAAAUUCCUCGAGAUACUAAAGAUGGAGUUGCUUUGGUUCAGUUAGUUGAAGUUUUAGGUGAGAUCCCUUGAAAAUAGAAUCAAUAAGUGCUGCUUAUGUUUGACAAGAGUAUUGGAAGCAUGAUGACAUGGUGUGUUUUUAAUAAUCUCAUUAAGUAUCACUUGAGUGACCUUUAGGCUUGCUUCAUCAAAUAUUUACCCUCUUAUAGUUAUUGCUGAAUCUAAGUUAAUUAAAAGAGGCUAGUGUGUGAUGAACAUUGUAAAGCUCUGCUCAAUUUAGGACAGAAUGCUAACUCAGAUUAUUUUGUGUGCAGUAUAAAAAGGUUAACUAACAAAAUAUUACCUUUGUUUUUUAAUGGAAUACACUGUAGGCUAAAAAAGAAUUAAGUUAUAUAUUUCUAUAACGGCACAAUAAUUUAGUCCAUGCAUUGUUUAUUAAUGCACUCUAUAAUAAUUAUUGCAAUAAUUGUUUGGUGUGUGCUAAUUAUCUUUCAGAACUAAUUUUAGUGGUGUGGUUUGACAUAUUUGAAGAAUAACCCUAUUGUAUACAAGAUGUUUUGUGGUUGCCUGUUAUUAAAUCUGUCAUUUUGGUGAUUCUGUAAGAUUAUUAUUUGUUUAUUACAACCUGUUCCAUGGUAUAUGUCAAGUAUUUAUUUUCUUUUUUAAUUGGUGCAGGCUUAAAAAGAGUGUUGUUAGAAGUUAGUUUAAAAACCACUUUCCAGAAUGUUUUCUUUUAAAUGAAAGUUUUUUGUGGCUUGUCAACUGAGUUUGUUUUUGAAAUAAACAGCCAAACAGGUAAAUGUACAUGUGAUAUUAUUAAAUUAGCUGUAUCGGUUUUGCUAUUGCACCAGCGAAUUCUGUUCUUAACUUACUAUCCACUUACCAGUUUGACAUGACUGUAUUAUGGGCUCAAGUGUACAACUCAUUGAGGUGACGUUUUUUUAGACUAUCUGCUGAUCAGUUAUUGCUUUUUAAUUGAUCAUGGGCUCAGGUCCAAAAUUUUCAUUGUCAAAGGAACUAUGUGUUGUGGAUGGUUUCGAUUGCAUCACCGGGUUCAUUUGUGCUCAUGAACGUGACCUUAAAUUAUCUCUUAUGCACGGUUAUUGAAAAUUACUUCCGGUGUGUUUUUGUAUUCAUUUUAAGAAUAGCACUAAAAAAACAGGUCUUAUAAUAAAUAACUUAUUAACCUCGUCCGUUCGGUUAUUGCAGGGAAAUCUCAGACCAGGCCUUGACCUGCCAGGUCAAUACGUCAUGGCCUAGGUCUGAAAUUUCCCUGUAAUGACCUCACUCUCAGUCUCUAAGUAGUAUUUACUGGAUUAUGAUUCAGCUGAUAGAUCGUUGUUCACAGUACCCUCAAACUGAUUGUGAGCUGUCAGAUAAAGCUAAGAUUUUGAGUCCUUAUCCCUUUUGAUGGUGGUAAAUAAGGGAGGUGGUACAGCAAAUGAUUGUUUAAUAAUACUGGGUCAUACAGACUUUGUAGUAUAACUUGUGUAUAUUAGUCUCAUUGUCUAAUGUGCAUUUAAUCAUAUUUUUAUUUCAAAAUGCAUAUUAAAUGUUAUAUAUUAUUAUUAUUCAUUUUUUUGUCUUGGUCCAUAAAAUUCCAAAAUCCAGCCAUCUUAAAAGGAAUAACCUAAUGCUUAUAGUCAAUAACACAUCCGUAAAAUUCUGAAAAUAAGCCCCGGGGCUUAUAUUUUUCAAAGGCCCUUUUUGAGGGGCUUAUUUUUGAAGGGGCUUAUAUUCGGAGGGGCUUAUCUACCGAUGGAAAUUAGCGUUUCAAAACCGAUUGGGCUAGCUUAUAGUUGGAAGUAAAUUUACCGUUUUUGCUUUAUUUACUUGGUAUUUAAGGGCAAUUUUCCAAGUACAAGCCCCCGGGGGGCUUAUAUUUGGAGGGGCGAUUUAAUGGAGGGUUUUUUGCGUUAUCGCUUUGGGGGGCUUAUAUUUGGAGGGGCUUUUACAUGGAGGGGCUUAUUUUUGGAAUUUUACGGUAUAUACUUCUCAGCUUGUGAUUUGUGCUACCUAUGAUAAUGCCCCUCUAAACUGACUUUACAUGUGUAUUAAUUUCAUUGAUGAAAUUAACCAAACUUUUGUGGUUCAUCAUUUACACAGUUUCUUUUAUAACUAACCCUUGAACUUUGUUUUCAAGCUCCCUGGGCCAAUUUGUAGAAUUUCAAGAAGUUUUGAAAAUAUUUUACAUGUAACUUACACGUGUAACAACAAACCCUCAAAAUAAAUAAUUUAAAAAGUGAUUAGUAUUCUCAGAGGUCGCAGUAAGGUAGCACCUCUUACAUUAUAAGAAUGCCAGUUAUGUUAAAUAUGGAUCAAUUUCUCUUAAUUGACAGAAAUGUUGAACCUUUGAUCAGAAGUGUUAUGGUACCAAGAAUAAUGUACUGUGUCUGUUAGAUAACUACUUGUUUUAUGUUUACAGCUGUUAGUGUAGUAUCAGGUGCAACCAGAAUCUGAAGCUAUGAUAUAUCUGUAUUAUUGGAGACUUUAGGAUCAACAAACUGACUUUAAAAAUGUUCUAAAUUAUCAAUUCUGAUUUUUUCAGCUGGUGAAGCUCUUAAAUUUGAUGAAUCACCAGCAACAUACGCAUCCAAGAAAGAAAAUGUGGAUCAAGUCUUGCACUUUAUGGCAGCACAGAGAAUUAAAAUGCGGCAGAUCUCCUCUAAAGGUACUGAAUAUUGCAUUAAUUUUUCAGAAAUUUGUUGUCUUUGAGAAGAUAUUCAAAACAUACUGUACUAUCCCUCAUGUAAGAACCUAUUUUGCAAUAACCUGUUGGGCUAAAAUUUGGCAGUUAGAUUCCUCCUAAACUAUCACCUUUUUAAUUUGGAACAGGUUCUUUACUUCUAAAAUCUAUAUAAAACAUUAUUUACUUUGAGGGAGGACUUCAAACAAAAUUCAUGUCAUCAGAGCAACCUUGUGAUGAGGGAGUGACCCUGCCUAGGGGAAGAAGUGGUAUUUCUAAGUGUAUCAUGCUACAAAAACAGCAGCAGGGUAAUGAUUCGGCCAUGUGGGCUUGCAGGGUUGUCAGAAGUUUUGAAGUAGACGGCUGAGUUUUCAAAGUAAACGGCCAGUCCAGGGAUAUUUUACUUAAAGAACACCAUCCAUAAAGAAAUGCCAAGCAAAUUAGCCGGCCGAUAUUAACCAAGUAGGUGCCGAUUUUCGCAGGCAGCCGGCUACUUUUGACAACCCUGGGCUUGUGGGUUCAUGUGUUCCUUACCCUACCUUUUUCAAGUAAGUGCAAUCUAAUAAGUGCAGCUGUUAUCGACCAGAUUUUCAAAAAAGAAACGCAUCAGAAGACUUUCAAGUACUGUGUAGGCCCUAAAAUGGCCUUACAACAUGGCUAUCAGUAGAAAUCCACCUAAAAUACCUCUUUUAAAGUAAUUUUGUAAAUAAAACCUGUAGAUAUUGCAUAUACAUUUGCUUUCCUAUUAUAUCCGUGAGUUUGGGUAGGUCCCACAGGUAGGUCCAGAAAUAUAAUGUUGGUCUUGAGCUUUUUGUAAUCUGGCAAAGUUUCAUGCUUUUAUCAUAAAAGUGAAUUAUUCACUAUAUUUUUGGUCAAUAACAGCUGAGCUAAAUGACACUGUGACAGAUUUAUGGUCCUGCGGAUGAUAAAAUAAUUGCAAAAAUUCCAUUUUGUUUCAGAGAUUGUGGAUGGCAAUGUGAAAGCCACAAUGCGAUUGGUACUUGCUUUAGCUGCACACUUCAAACCUGGGAGUGUCAAGCCAGCAGCGCAUCAGAGUGGCAGCGCCCAAUCACCCCAGGCUACCAAGCUAACCCGCAGUCCAUCUGCUGCGGCAGCUGCUGCUGAGGCGGCUGCUGCUAUUGGAGAAGCCAGUAGGAAAGCUGCAAGCGCAGGGAGACACAUACGAAUGCCCUUCAGGCUUAGGUAAUAACAUUGUUAGAUUUGUUAGCUGUCUUACAGGGUGCAAAGAAAGUCAGUUUUACAGCUUGCCUGAAUAGCAAGAUGUAGCUACCGUGUACUAGCCCAAAAGUCAUUUCAAUUAGUUCGAAUUCUCCAUAAAACUUCACUUGCCUCUCUGGCAAGUUAAGAACAGAAUUUGCUAGUGCAGUAGCAAAAACCACCUGCCUCAGGCUAUUGGACACUAGUUUAUUUGCACACUAUCUUGUGCCAUUUUUUUUUUAAAAGAUGUGAUUAGUCAUCCCUGAAAGUUAUUGUCAGGGAAAAGUCCAAAUUAUAAAAGUAAAUCUAGAGAACUAUAACAGUCCUUGUCCUCUGAUUGAAUUAUUGUUUGGUACUGUUAGUUUUUAUUGAGGAGAGAGAAAUAAAGAGGAACCUAAAAAAAAGAAACUUGAAUUACAUGUUGGGCUAAGAACCAACAACAAACUCAACUCAGAAGGAAGGAUGGAAGUGAGAAUUCAAACAGCACCAUAGAGCUGAGAGGCAUUUGGCAUAGGACUGGACAUACAGCCAUCUGACUGAACCACCUUUGCUUCCUUGUAUAUUAAAAAAAUAUUUGUUUAUUUAAUGUUUUUGAUGAUUUUAGGAAGCAGCCCAAGGCAACAACCCCUGGAACUCCAAAGUCAGAUCAUCGUGCUUUGGACAUCAGCCCUUCAAAUACUCCAGUUCUUUCUUCGUCACCCCUAAACUCCCCCCUUAAUAGAACACCUAUAAAGAAAGUGAAUCGACAAUCCAACGCCGAGGUUCGACACGACAAGGACACUGGUUCUGGAGGCUCUAACCAUAGUAGCGGCAGUUCUACUCCUAAGCUUCCUCGACAAGACUCUGACACUCUGCAGUCAAUGUCAGACUCUGAGUCAGUCAUUUCUUUACAUGGACUUAGUCGGAAUAAUAAUACUGGCAUUUUCCCAAAUUUAGAGUUUCUCCGUGAGGUAACUGAAGGGUAUGAUGACAUGGAAGAGGAUACAAGUAAUGUAAAGGAAAUGCUUCUGCAGCUACAAAAUUUGGUGAGUUUUAAUGUGUAAAAAGGUGGUCACAAAGACCUAGAAAUUGGUUGUAAAAAAAAUGACGCUUAUAGAUAAUUUUUGCCCAAACUCCUACUGUAGGUUACCCUGUAGUCCAAAUUAACUGUAAGCCAGUGAAAUGUUGUGUACAAAGUUGAAUGUGAUUUGUGCGAUGCAAAUUAACUUGUAGGGGAACAUAAACAUUUUAUAGCUGGCAAGCAUUUCAUGAAAAAGCACAGGUAGGUGAACCUUGAUACAAACUUUAAAGUCCUCAAGAAUUGCUGAUGGAAACUUGAGUGUAUUAGAAAUGUUAUUAUCAUUAAUAAAUACACAAUAUUUCUGGCUCCCUUUGUUUACAUUUUUAUUGUCAUUUUCCAUUGUAAAUAUGCCUUUUUAACACUUUCUUUUUCUAUAACAAUUAUAUCCACAAACAGUAUUACUUUCCUAGCUUUGGCUGAUAAUGAUGUCAUUAAAUCAUCAGAUAGUCAAAUUUCUUUUUAUUGUUAAUUUUUGUUUUAAAUUGGGUCAGAGACUGCUUAUAUUAGCAGUUAUUCUGAAUGUUAACCCCACCCUUAUGCUUUACUGAAAUAAUUAUAUAGAGGAUAUUACAACGUGGCGCAAAGAUAUGAAUUUUAUUUUCGAGUGGCAAAACCAUAUUUUAUGAACGAGUGCAGCGAGUGAGUAAAAUAUUGUUUUUGCCACGAGAAAAUGAAAUUCAUAAUAAAAGCGGCCAUGUAAUGUUCUUUUUAUUAUAUAUACAAAAAGACAUCGAUAAAAUAAUAGAAUUUUAUUUGCCAAAAAGUAAUUGUGAUGGCUCAAAGUUACAGUACAGCAAUAUAAGACAUUGUUUACUAGAAUCUUGAGAAAUAACAGUGAGCUGAACAAGACUCUACAAUGAUAAAAUAUAAGCAAAGCUUUGAAAAAUGUGUGAGUAAAAUUUGAAAAAUGAUACGUAAUUACCGAAGUUACAUCGUCAAUAAACUUGCUUGUGAGAUUAUGGAAAACAAACCACUCAGUCUCGGAUCUAGUUUUUAUCAGUUUUACGAGUGGUUUAUUUUCCAGUAAAACACUUGUGUCUAUAUAAUAAAAAAAUAUAUUACUACUGAAAGCUUUGAUAUGCAUGUGUUAUUAAUUUUUCUAGUUGUUGAAUGGCCGAGUGGAGGAAGAUGAAAUUCCUGAAGAGUACUGUGGUCUUGAGGGGUCCACAGUGCAGGAACAGCUCACGAUUGUAAGCAGCCGUCUUGAUCAGAGAGAAGCAGAUUAUGAUAGUCUGAAAACAGAACUAAAUAAAACAAAAGAGGAGUGUAUUAAUCUACAAGGUAACUGACAAAUCAGGGUGCAAAGAAAAUCACGUUUACAGCUUUUCAUUCAGGCAAGCUGAAUUGUUAUUCAAAUUCCUCAAAAAACAUCACUUCUCCUGCCGGGCAAGUUAAAAACAGAAUUCACUAGCCCAAUAGCAAAAUCCACUGGCCCCGGGCUAUCAGACACAACUUUCUUUGCUUGCUGCAAAUUAACAAUAUGAUCCUUCACUACCAGGGUUUUUACUAAGAUUUCAAGGGUAGGGAAUUAAACAGUAGGGAGUUUCCUUUGGUUUUACUCUGCUUUUGCUUGCCAUUAAAGUAGUUGGGGUUAUGCUUGUACAGUACAUACAGCUGUAGUAGCCUGGAAAGUCCCUGGCCCCCUCCCUUAGUGACAGUCCUGCUUCACAGCAGUUUGUGGCGACAUGUUGCAGCGACAAAUUAUUGCUUCGUGUGCGCUAAAGAAUUUUGUGAAAAUCUUUGUCUGCACAACAGAAUUUUGUUGCCGCAACAAGUCGCACAAAAUCAAAUCAGACAGAAUUUACGCUUGUUGCAGGGACAAAAUUCUCUUGUUGAGACAAAGAUUUCCACAACAAUUCUCCAGUACAAGUUGUCGCUGCGACAUGUUGUGUAACUUGUUGCGGCAAUUAUCACCCAACCUGAUCAUACAGAGUGAUUUGUCACUGCAACGUUUCGCCUAGUGUGUUCCUACCUUAAAUUUUUGCAGGUAUAAAGUCUGGUCUUAUGUCGAGACUCAACCAACAAGAACAGACUAUAAUGCAUCUUCAAUCUGAUACACUAAAACACGAGUUCAUGCAGCAACAACAUGAAUCAGAAGUAGCACAGUUUAAAUGGCAGCUUGCGGAGAGAGAUAAAGAGGUGUCUUCCCUUAGAAAUGAGCUGAUUCGCCGAGAGAAGACAUUGGAUAAACAGAGAGCAGAGCUUGAAGAUGCUAUCAGGCACAUAGAAGAGCUUAAGUAUGCACAGGUACUGAGUACAGGGUUUGUAGGUGUACUGUGUGUUCUGGUUCAAUAAUUAUUUUUAUUGUUGGUUCAAAUUUUCUUUUCGUUUGUUGAUAAUUAGUAACAAAGGGAAAUAAAAUUAAACCACAGUAUACUCAAUUGUUAUAUUGUAUAAAAUCGGUCUUUUGUUAUCUUCUUUCAUGUGUGGUUCCAGUAGGAUCCUUGCCCAAGGGACGUGGAUCCACAUGGAUGAUUACAGGCAUACAGUAAAAAAAAAGAAGCUAUACAAUUGCCUUUUGUAAAUAGCCCUUACACCAACAUGACUAGCACAGAAAUUAAAAAUUAUGAAUAUCAUUUUUAUGAAUUGCAGACAGGACCUAACAGAUAUGUAGAUGACCACAAAAUCAUGGAAUUGCAGCAGAGAAUAAGAGAUCUUCAGGCAAAGCUUGAUUCUGUUGGCAGUCAUGAGGUAAGGUGUCAUGUCACCAUGCCAUUGGGUGGGGCAGUCAAGUUGGUUUUUGAGGAGAGGGGAAAACAGUACCCAGAGGUCAACCUCUCAAAGCAAGGAAGAGAUCUAACAACUAACUUAACCUACAUGUGGCGUCGAUGCCGGGAUUUGAACCUGGGCCACAUUGGUGGGAGGAGAGUGCUCUCACAACUGUGCCACUCUUUCUCCCCUUGCUCUCCUUGCUUUCAUUCGAUUCUUGGAAAGCUCUGUUAUUGACGGACUUGUUUUAACAAUCAAUCACUUGUUUUAGGCUAGCCUGUCAGCUCGCAUUUCCUCACAGGAUGAAAAAAUGGCAUCAUUAGAGGACAGGAUUUUAAAUCCACAGAGUGUUCAAAGCUCGGCAUUUAUUUCUCACGGAUCAAAAGUAAGUUCUUAUUUUGUAAUAAAUAGUUUUCCUAAUGGAUUUACAAUGUAACAGGUUAGUUUCAUGGAAAAUUUCAACACUUAACAGCCGACAAAACUUAAUGGUAAUCAAUUUCUUUCCUUUGUUGCAUUUUGCAAUCAAUUAUUGUAUGUCUCAAGCAAAAACUAGCAUUUCUGGGNUCUCCUUGCUUUCAUUCGAUUCUUGGAAAGCUCUGUUAUUGACGGACUUGUUUUAACAAUCAAUCACUUGUUUUAGGCUAGCCUGUCAGCUCGCAUUUCCUCACAGGAUGAAAAAAUGGCAUCAUUAGAGGACAGGAUUUUAAAUCCACAGAGUGUUCAAAGCUCGGCAUUUAUUUCUCACGGAUCAAAAGUAAGUUCUUAUUUUGUAAUAAAUAGUUUUCCUAAUGGAUUUACAAUGUAACAGGUUAGUUUCAUGGAAAAUUUCAACACUUAACAGCUGACAAAACUUAAUGGUAAUCAAUUUCUUUCCUUUGUUGCAUUUUGCAAUCAACUAUUGUAUGUCUCAAGCAAAAACUAGCAUUUCUGGGCAAAUCCUUCUAAAUUUGACUUGGUUCAUAACAUUACAAACCGAGUCAAAUUUAGAAGGAUUUUAAUGGAGUCAUCAGAGCAUAACUGGGCUUAUAAUUAUCUCAGAGACAAUUUGCCCGGAAAUGCUAGUUUUUGGCAAGUGGGCCUCUUGGGUGUUGUUCUUUCAGAAUAUCCUGACAAAUCCCAUAAUUUUCGCAAAUUUAAUUUUUAUGACAUCAUCACUUUAGAACUCUAUUCAUUUGACACUAUUUUAAUUGUACAUUUUCCAGACUAAGUAUUCAUCCGUUAAGAUACAAAUUAUUCGUACAAAUAAUAUGUCAAUAUGAUAAUCAAUAUUAAUAAUAUUAAUUUAAAACAUUGGACUCAGCCGCAAGUAUCUGUGCGUACAUUGUUUUGACAGAGAUCAGAGGAAAUGGAGGUAGUGCGUGAAGCCAUUGAAAGUCUAAGAAGCUGUUUUAGAGCACAUGAUCCUCAUCAUCACACACUGGAUACACUAGAACAGGUAGUGUAGGUAUACACUUUUUGUGUUACAACCAAUGAAAUUCCAAAGCCACCAUUGAAAAAUGGGCUGACAUUUUUUUUCUGUCUUGUAGAGUAUUUAUGCAGUCCAGUCGUCAACAAAUCAGCCGUUCCACUAUUUGGAUUCUGAUCCAGAAAACAGUAAUAUAAAGGCAAGGACAGAGUAUUGACUUAUGCCAUUUUCAUGAGUGGUAAUUUACAUGUUUAAACAGGUCUAAAAACUCUUAAAAAUUAUAACAUGGUCAGGUUGACGGUGUGGCCUUAUCUUUUUUCAGGGAGUAAAUGGAUUUGACCAUAGUAAUGGAUACAAUAGUAAAACACCAGCAUCUUCUAGAACUCCAGGUAGUAUAAUAUGCUUAGCUUGUUCCUUGGCUUUGCAGAGUGAGGUUAUAAAUUGGCCAAAAAUUGUUUUGCACAUGUGUAGCUUGAGACAGUUGAAUCUCACCUAACCCAUUUACUGGUAUGCAUAUUGUGGGUUGGCAUCUGCAGUUGCUUAGCAACAAAGCCAUCAGAAUUCAAAACCACAAGAACUUGUUUGGCUGUUUCUUCGGCCAUUUUAGCGAUCAAGAAACGCUUUUCAUAAUGAAGAAAAAUUGAACAUUAUUUCACUAGAUCGUGACACAUUCUAGGCUUCUGAUCAGAGUUGUCAUAAAGAGCCUUAACCCACGACACCUGUUAUGGCUGAGCUUGAUCAUUCUAUGUUACAGGUGAUCAAAGUGGAAAGCUAAAGGUGGCACUAUAGAUUUUUGUGAGAUGUUCCGGGUGAAUCUUCAUUUGCUAUGGCUGCUUCAAAACUUAAUGACAGCCCUACUGAUUACGACUCCGACUCCCUCACUAGUGAAAACCAGCCUUUAAACCCAUGUCUAGUAGAUACCAGUGGUGGUCACUGCCCCACUGUCAUGUUUUUUUAUGUGCCAUUGGGAAUUGAUCCUGGGUCUUAAUGGCUCUGAAGCCUGGUACCCAACCAGUAUUGUAUGAGCUAAUGAGUCCUGAAGCUAACCCAUCAGACAAGAUAAAUCCACAAGUAUUAUAAUUUUUUCUUGGUUAAUGACUUUUAUUUGGUUACAGGAGGUGCUACUUCUGGAACGUCAGGAAUCAGCACCAAAGUACUGUACUUUACAGAGAAAACCGUCACACCUUUUCUUACAUCCAUUCCCAGAAGGUGAGAGUAGUAGAGCCCUGUGAAUGCAAUGGUUAGUAGAGGCAGCGUGGCCGAGUGGUUAGAAUGCUAGACUUGUAAUCGGGAAGCCCCAAGUUUAAGUCCCGCCCUGACUGCUAGCUGCAUUUGUUCUUGGUAGUCCCAAGCUCAAAUCCUUGGCCACGCUUGUAAAUAGUCAACUGGUUCGCCUCCUGCCAGUUGGGAUUCUAAAACAUAUUAUGUUCUAUUUGAAUUAUUGUUUCACUAUCCCUGAAAAGCCCCAUAAGGAGAGUGGAUAAUUAAGUACUCCUUCUUCUUAUUAUUAUUAUUAUUAUUAUUAUGGUUUCUCACAGUGCAACUACUGGAACCAGGGCACUUGAAAGAAGAUUAUCCAAUCACAACAUUUUUUUGAAAACAGAAGAUUCUCAAGUUUUUUUUUAAAUGUGAACAGACCAAUAAAAAUCAAGGGAAAACUAUGCAACCAAUAAAAAUUUUUAAAACCAUUGAACUUACCUGACUUUCAGAAAACAGCCCUCAAAUUUACGAUUGUUGCUGGUCCGUUUGCAAAAAACAACUUGAGAAUCUUUUGUUUUUGGUUGGAUAAUCUUCUUCCAAGUGCCGCCAUUCGAGUAGUCGCACUGUAAACGCUAGCUGUGUGAAGUAAAAACAUACUUGUUUAGUCUACCAGUCAAAAUCCCUAUGAAAUAAAUUCCCAUCAGAUUGUGUUAGUACAAGUGGGUCGCCGUGAACUGCAAGCUCUUCUUCCUGUGUUUAAGUUGUAAUAUUGGGUUACUGACUGAGGGUACUUUCUUCUGGAUUUCAGAUUGGGUGAAAUAACUUUAGGGGAUUUUAAGGAGGCUAUUGACAGACCUGGAAUGUUUCGCUAUCACUUCAAAGCAUUAGAUCCUGAAUUUGGAACUGUCAAAGAAGAGGUUUGUACAUGUUCGCAUUUUAAUUAUUAACUGUUUUUGUGUAUGAUGAAAUCAGGACUGUACUUGUACCUUCUCUGACAAAAAAGGAAUGGUGUGGAUCACAGUCACACGGUCAUACCCAGAAAAAAGCUGUAGUAUGACAAUUUUUUUGCGUAGAUCUGAGAAGAAAAUAACAUGUUCUGUCUCGGUUCUAGCUAAUUAUUUUUUAUCUUAGGUAAUUUUAAGUUUUCCUGUUUCAACUUCAUUAGAAUACCUUACCAUACCUCCAAACAAAAGAAAACAAACAUUACCUAAGAUAAAAAAUAACUACAGCAUCUCCAACAUGAAUUGAACUAAUAGUUUCUUAGAUCCUUCUAUGCAGUAUUUUCAUGUGAUUACAUGUAUAUUAUUUUAUUAAAAUCACAACAUAGUCAAGAACAUUUUCAGUGCUUCAAGCCCAACUUUUUCAGAAGAUAUAGUAUUAAUUUUAAUGGUCACCAGACAUAUAUAAAAUAUCAGUGGUCAGAAAAAGAAAAUACAUGAAAGUUUUGAACAAAUUAGGUAAAUUGACUGCCCAACCAUCAAAAAUACAUUCAGAGGUGCACAUGACAUCUCAAGACUUUUUAUUUAAUACCUUGGCAACUAGUGUAAAUUAUAAAGAAAACAAAGGGAGAAUUAUUUCUCUGCAUGCAAAAUGUUGAUCUCUUGUAUGCUUUAGAAUGACCAUAAACAUGACUAAGAAGAGCAUUAUGACUUAGCCAAUACUUUCGCUGCAAUCUUAUGAUGACCGUGGUUGUAGCCUGGAGUGCUUGUUUCAAAUGCAAAUGGCAUUUAUUUGUGAUAGAAGAUUGCUGAUUAUUAAUCACAGGUUAUUGACGACAGUGACUUGGUGCCUGGCUGGGAAGGAAAAAUUGUGGCUUGGGUCGAAGAUGAUACGGGACAAAAGCUUUUGAGUAAUCAAGAACAAAUUAUGUCAUGAUGAGGAUUACAUUCAAAUUACUAAUUUUAAUUAUUAGCUAUAAAUAAUAUUAUUGUUUGUUAGAUAUAUUAUAAUGAUGUGUACAAAGCCUGCACAAGACAGAUGUAUAGCAAAAGAGGUACCUUUGUGGUGAACCUUCAGACAUGGGGUUUUAAACUCCCUAGAUGAUGUGAAUAAAGAUAUAGUAUGUUUGGGAAUAGGUCUUGCCUUCUCAGCGACAGAGAAGUUUAGAUUUGAGGAUGAGAAUGAGUGUGAGAUUUAACUCAGAGUUUUUGCAUGUGUUCUCAAAAAAGCGAUGCCCCGGAAAGCUUCAUUUCACUUUUUUUCACCAAAAAAAUCAGUACAGUUAUAAUAUUUAUACUGAAGGAGGUGAAGCCCUCUCCCAAUAGCAAAAUUAUAAAUCCUCUUACAUUUGAUAACAUUUUCCCACCACAUUCUCACUAAAACUUGUAGUAGAAUGAAAACUGCUAUCACGUUUUUCUGCCAAAAUGACACUGGUUCACGCGUGAGUAAUACUAAGUAUUGAGAGAAUCUCAUAUUCGUAGUCAUCCUCAUCUCAGAAUCUAAAGCUCUCUAUUCGUGCAUGCCAACUAUUGUAUUUGGGUAAUUGUAAAUAAUAGUACAAUAGAGUAUUUUCACUUGUGUGGCCAGCAUUUAUGCAAGUUUACUGGAACAAAAAGAAGCCUUUUCAUAAGUAAAGAGUUCAACUCCCACAGAAUUGGUUUGGGACCCCAACAUGGCCGCCAUGUCAUUGUUUUGGGACACCAAUAUGGCCGCCGUGAUGUCAUGUGAAAACAUUCUAUACAGUCAAACCUCCAAUAAACGACCAGCAAAAAUGCAUAGGGUAAGUAACUCCAGUUCUCUUAUGGGAGGUGGUUGUUUACAAGAAUCGAACCACUGGGGGUCUCUUCCAAGUCAAAGUCAGGACUCAUCUACUUUAUUAGCCUGCAGUGCAGGCGCAUUUUCGGCGGGUGAAAGCUGCUUGUUUAUGUUCGUACAGUUGUAACUGCCAUCUUUGAUGUUAUGAUGGAGGAAGAUUAGGGAACCCCGCUCUUUUUGACUCGCCUUGUUUCCCUCUUUUUGAGCUUUAACAUGGCGCUUUCGUGAGCAAAACAUUAGCACGCCUGAAGAAAACGCCUGCACUGCAGGCUACUACUUUAUGGAAGAUAAUUUAUUGCAUGCCAUAUGUUUAGUUCCAUGUUCUCACUAAAAGUUCUUUGUAUAUUUGGAGCAGCAUUGUAAAUGCAGCAAACAUAGAUAUCACACCAUGCAUCAAGUGAUAACUUACAAGAGGUUAAACGCAAGAGAAAAUAAUAAAAAUGUCAGCCCCCCAAAGUGGUUGUGAUUGCUUACAGGAGGUGGUCGUUUGUAAGAGUUUCAAGUGCAAGGCUUUGAUAGGGAAAAAUCUGGUGUUUUGGGUAGUGGGGUCACUUAUGUUAGGUGGUCGCACAUGGAGGUUUGACUGUAUUAAGUUGUUUAUUGUCAUCAGUUUCAGGACUUUGCUCCAGAAGAUGGCAGUGACCCUUAGCUCCUUACUUUUUUGCUCUUGGGUGACUAGGAAAUGUUAGUUUUUUUUUUUCCAUAAGAAAACAUCUGCGAAGUCAUUUGUGGGAAAUAAUAACGAGCUUAGCUAACAACGAUUGCAACGUCAACGAGAAUGGCAAAAACGCAAUAGGUCUAGGUAAACAAAACAACAACUCUGCAUGUGCGUCUUGCGUUUUUUUACAUUUCUUUGCUGUCACUAGACGACUAGAACAUAAAAUGCCUGAUUUCAUGUUUUGUGGAGAGUGUGAACACAAGACAACAACUUUAUUUUUUUUUUGCUGAACUCAAUACAGUCUUUUAUAAUUCAACGAAAAAAGAACAAGUGCGAUAAAGUUUGAAGCAGCACAACUUCACUUUUUAAGUGACAUUUUCGUAGCCAUCGCUGUCGUUGUUGCUUAAGCUCCCUAAUGAUACAAUAGAAACGCCUCGUUUUUGACUGGUAAACAAGUUAUGUUUAGUUGUAUUAUUUUUUUCCUGCUGUGAAAGUUAAUAUGAUAAUAUAUGAUAAUUUAUUACUACUAAUAAUAUUAUUUUGAUGACUUAAAAAUGUUACUUUAUAACAGUUGUUAUUUGUACCAGUCUUUCCUCUAGAAUGCACUGAAACCUGCUGGGUGAAGGCUGUGAUUGUUUGUGAGUCUAGCUGAAAUGAUGUCCGGGCUAGUAAAUGCUAGCUUCAGCUGGCCCUAAUGGCAAGCUGUAAGAAUGAUUUUCUUUGUACCCUGUCAAGGUUUUUUAUUUGAUACCUUGACAACUAGGGUGAAUUAUAAAGAAAACAAAGCGAAAAUUAUUUCUCUGCAUGCAAAAUGUUGAUCUCUUGUUGCUUUAGAAUGACCAUUAACAUGACUAAGAAGAGCACUAUGACUUAACCAAUACUUUUGCUGCAAUGAUGACCAUGGUUGCAGCCUGGAGUGCUUGUUUUAAAUGCAUAUGGCAAUUAUUCAUGAUAGAAGAUUGCUGACUAUUAAUUACAGGUUAUUGACAACAGUGACUUGGUGCCUGGCUGGGAAGGAAAAAUUGUGGCUUGGGUCGAAGAUGAUACAGGACAAAAGCUUUUGAGUAAUCAAGAACAAAAUAUGUCAUGA